AUGUCUGCAAGUUCUACGCCCGAUCGAGUGUAUGUGGGCAAGCGCUUGCACUUCACAAACGGCUCCCGUCAGCUUGUCCGCUGCGGCACACGCAACAUCGCCGUCGUGUGCUAUCGUAAUGAGCUCUACGCAAUCGACAACGCCUGCUACCACCAUGGCGGGCCGCUGCUGCUUGGGGACAUCGAAGAGAUGGGCGGGCACCCAUGCAUUGUAUGCCCGUGGCACAGUUAUAAGAUCGCGCUGGACACCGGCGAGGGACUAUACUUGGGCGUCGAGUUGGACCCGGAUGGAGGGAAGCCAAGACACGCGGUCCGAUCCAAGGGCUGCAAGCAGCGUGUCCACAGGGUCGAGGUGGACGAGGCUGCGGAUGUUUACGUGGUGGUGGACCUUAGCGGCCCCACACUGGAGAGCGACACGUAUGCUUCGAUGGAGCUGGCGAACCGAGAGAGGCCCAUGAGCCUGCCGGUCGACAGUGGAGGCCGAGGCCUGCGUGUGCCAGGCAUUCACAGCCAUGUCGGCGUCGAACUGCGCAGCGGCCAAGUCUUUCAGCACAUGGGCUCGCUGGCUGCAGCUGGCGGCAACACCGGCAGCGGAGGCGCCAACUUGCUCGACAACGCACAGAAGACGCGGCCACACGAGAUCACAUCCCCCGGCAGCAGCUGCAGGAGCCCGACAACGCGCCUUAUGGUCUCCUGUGUUGCCAUCACAGACGUCUGCCCCCAAGUGCGGCGGUUCGACUUCGUCCACCAUACGGGUCCCCUGCUCCGGCAUGCGGAGCUUGGUGAAUACGUGGAGCUCGAGCUCCCAAUCAAGGAGAGACGUCCAGCUGAUGACGACGGCGGCCACGCUGUGCAUCUUCUCGCCUCCUCUUCCGCCUCCGUAGCCACAGCAGGGGAACCGAUGCGACGCCGCUGGACCAUCUGUGACAUGAAUCACAACGGCAGCCUCUUCAGCAUCAUCGUGAAGGCCGCCGGCACCGACACGCAGACGAGCGGCAGCGCAUGGCUGCAUGAGCGUUCGCUGAGCGUGCCGUUGCCCAUAGCUCGCGUCGGCGGCACCUUCACCUUCGCCCACCAUCAUGACACGAUUCGCAGAGUGGGCGGCAGGGUGCUCUGGCUGACGGCGGGGGUCGGCAUGACACCGGCCUAUGCUUUCCUGAACUCCUCUCUCGACGACUCGCUCUACGUGGCGAGUGCGGAGCCGCUGCAUGUGGUGCACCUGCACUCGAACCGUACUCUAGCGACAGUGCCGAUGCUGGAGCAGUUCGUGCGGUGGCAACGAGAUUUCCCUCGCUCAGCGCUGGACACGGCCGAGAAGACCAGCGGCGGAAGCGAUGCGAGGCAGCCGGGCAAAACGUACGUGAUAGAGCUCUUCAUCACCCCGAGCACGGAUGCUAGUCAGGGGCAGUGCACAAGCACCGGAUCGUCGCCACCGAACUCCUGCCCCGCCACCACCAUCACCCACCGCUCCCGCAUACAGCCGGCGAAUGUUUCCGCAGCUGUCCAAAAGUACUUCGGCGCAGACAUACCGCUGGCGUACGUGUGUGGCCCGCAGAAAUUUGUGAGCGACUGCACCAAGGCACUUGUCUCUGCGGGUGUACCAGAGUCGCACAUCCUCACAGACGAUCCGUGA